AUGGAGGCGAUCCUGCGGAAGCAGCUGAAGCAGUGGCAGCGUGCGUUCCGUGCGGAGCAUGGGCGUGAGCCGUCCAAGAGCGAUAUGCAGCGGCAUCCGGAGAUUUCGUCGACGUACGAUACGUGGCGCGCGCUCUCCGAGGCGACAAGCGCCAAGCCACGGCGCGAGAAGAAAACGAGCGCGUCAGAGGGAGCCAUGGCCGCGCCGCCCACGACGCCGACCAAGCCGCGAAAGUAUACCAUGGUCGCGAGCCCAAAGAACCCAUUCCGCUCGCCCCAAAAGCCGCGACGCGAGUACGAGCGAGCGCCCGAGUUUCCGUCGGCACUCGUCGAGGCCGAGGCGUACGAGUCGGACAUGAGCGACGAAGAGGCCAAGCCAAAGCAGCGCACACCGGUCAAGGCGGCGGCGGCGCCGCCGCCGCAGUCGUCUAUGCUUUUUACGCCACGGACCAAGGCACGGAAACGGCUGCGCGGCGAAGACGUACGCACGCCGCCCAGCGCGCGUAUCAAGCGCACCGACUCCCAGGCGCGCGCGCUCCUCGCGCAGAGCCCCCCAAAAGACGAGGCGCCACACGCCAAGCGGCGCAUCUUUUCCGCGCCGCAGGCGUCUCUCGACAGCGAUAUACCCAUGGAGACGGCCGACGAGGUGUUUGCGCCGUCGCCACGCAAGGGCGCGCAGGACACGCGCUCUUUCCGGCCCCUCUUUCGCACAGCCAGCACGGCCGAGCGCUCGCCGGCCGCGAGCCCGGAGCGCCCGGUGGCCUCGUCGCAGGCCUCGUACGCCACGCCGCAGACCUCGCAGACGUCGGCCACAACACAGGCACCGGCCGUCGCGCCGGGCGCACAGACCCUACAGCUCGACGACGACACGCCCGAUGGCGCGGCCAUCAUGGUCCUGCCGUACCAGCGCUUUGGCUCGGCACGGACGCGGCCGGCGCACGAAGACGAGCGCGACGAAAUCGACGCGCUGCACUACUCUCUGCCUACGCACGAUCUAUCCGACGACGACACGCCAAUGCCGACACUCACCGGCAUCGAGGGCCUGUCGCUCGUGUCGCCCGCGCGGCACACGCAGCGUGCCGCGCUGCGUCGCCGCGAGAAGAAUACGCGCCUCACCGACGGCCUAUUUGACGCGGAUACGACCAUCACAGAGCCAGUCCACGCGCGCGGCGACCUCGACGCGGACGAAGCCGACUCGGACGAGUGGGCGAGCGAGGCGUCCGAAGGCGAGUACGGCCUCGGCGACGGCGAAAUGGAGAGGGUCGACAUUUUGUAG